AUGAAGUCGUCAAUUUUGGCCUCCCUUGCUCUGAUCUCAUUGGCCCGAGCCUCAUGCAAUGCAGACAAUCUUCUCAGAUGUUUUGAGGCUACCCCAGCUGUGGCUUCACCGUUCUGCACUUCACUUUAUGCUGGUGUAGCACCGGUGUCGACACCUGCUUGUGCUAAGUCGACCCCGCUUGCUUCUUUAUCUCAUGCAUGUUCUUGCGUGGGAUAUACAUCUACGGGUGCAACAAGCACUCUCCAGACGUCAAGCACUCUGCAGACAAGCACAUCAAUUGCGUCACCAUCAUCAUGCACCGCAACGACUGUUACUGUUAGCCUGGUAGCAGCUUCGGCUUCACAAUACAUUCCAGUUACCUUGUCCGCAAGCACAGUAACAAUCACAGCCAGCUUGGCCGCCGUGUCUUCCUCGGUGUGCAUGCCUACCAGCGUCAUUGCCACCACUAUUACCACCAUGGUCGUAUCAAGCGCACCAGUAUCCAUAUCGACUGUACCAGCUACUACUUGCCUGCCAUUCGUCCCGACUUGUGCCAAAGCAGGAGAUACAGAAACGGCAGCGCCAUUUAUAACUGUUUCCCAACCUUACGGUUUCAAUGCAGAAUCAUGCGUUUCGCUAUGCCAGGAAACCACAGGUUGUCUUUCAUAUGCUGUCUACAUCUAUUACGGCUACUGUGCUUUAUUCGCAGCUCCUGUGUCUCAAGCGUCCGAUGGUUCCGCUGAUGGAUAUUACACCUUUUGGGACAUUGCUUGCAUCAAGCCUGCUGUUGUCCCUCAAAUUUGCGGUACAACAGUUGGACUUGUGUCUCCGAUCGUCGUGCCAUAUGACAGUAACUUCUAUGAUGUUACGCAGACCAAGUGCCAGUCGGAGUGCGCGGGAUGGACUCCAUGCUUGAGCUAUUCUAUGGAUACUUCCAGUAAUUGCAUUCUGUGGGAAGGGAGUAUGUCGCAGUGGGCAGAUAGUGGGACUGGUUAUACAGCAUGGGAUGUUGCAUGUACAGUUCCUGCUGGUGGUGGCCCUUGA